AACUUGGGUUACUACCAUGGAAGCUCAUAAGGACAUGGAAGCUCAUAGGGACACGUUGCUCUCUGAAGAACCCCUUCUUGAGUUACUGAAUGCUUUGAGGAGCUAGCAUACUAUGGCAUCCAGUUCAACCUGGUUACUUUUCUAAAGACCGUGCUACAUGAAAAUAAUGUUACCGCAGCAAGAAACUAUUCGAAUUGGCAGGGGACUUGCUAUAUCGCACCAUUGGUUGGAGCUAUCAUUGCCGAUUCCUAUUUGGGCAGAUAUCUGACUACAGUGGUUUUCUUCACAGUUUACCUAGUUGUAAGCACACAAAAUUAAAAAUUUGUGAAAAAAUAUUCUGUUCUUCUUCAUCAUUAACAACAACAAAAAACAAAUAAAAGGGGUAGGAAAAAAAGUUUAGUAUACCUCAAAUUCAUAUGUUGCCACCAUCAAUCAAUCUUUCGAAAAUUCUGUCUUGGGCACCUACUUUAGUUAUUUCCACUGACCAAUUUCCUGAUCUUGUUCAACACAAGGGGAUGGCUGCAAUGUCCAUUUCAGCAUCAUUCCCGACAUGUGCCGGACCUGACUGCCUGCAGGAUGGUUCUUUUAAGUCAUUCGUGUUCUUUCUCGGCCUCUACAUGAUGGCAAUAGGAGCUGGUGGCAUCAAGCCCUGUGUCUCAUCUUUCGGCGCCGACCAGUUCGAUGACAGCAUCCCAGCCGAGAGGCUAAAGAAGGAUUCCUUCUUCAACUGGUUCUUCUUCGCGAUCUACAUCGGCAGCUUCGUCUCGGGCACCGCUGUUGUGUGGGUGCAAGAUCACUGCGGAUGGGUUGUAGGCCUUGGGAUCCCAACGCUGUUCAUCGCAUUCGCCAUCGCAAGCUUCAUGUUGGGUUCCAGUUCAUAUAGGUUCCAAAAGCCUCUUGGGAGCCCAAUCGUCAGAGUUUUCCAGGUCCUCGUUGCAGCAACUCGCAAGUGGGCUAUCAGAGUCCCGCGCGAUGAUUCUCUUCUCCACGAGGCACCUGAGAUGGUGGAUGUCCAUAAACUGCAGCAUACACCAGAGCUCAGAUUUCUUGACAAGGCUGCAGUGAUCUCAUCAGACGACGAGAUAGCUGAUCCAUGGAGACUUUGCACGGUCACGCAGGUCGAGGAGCUGAAGGUGGUCGUCGGCAUGCUCCCCAUCUGGGCCACCGGGAUCGUAUACUUCUCCGUCCUGGCGCAGUUCUCCUCCACGUUCCUGGAGCAAGGCAGAACGAUGAACAAGCAGGUCGGCGCGUUCGCCAUCCCGCCGGCGUCCCUGGCAUCGUUUGACGCCGUGAGCGUCAUCUUCUGGGUGCCCGUCUACGACCGGGUCCUCGUGCCCGCAGCCAGGCGACUCACCGGCAGGGAGCGGGGCCUCUCGGAGCUGCAGCGCUUCGGCGCUGGCCUGCUCCUCUCGGUCCUGGUGAUGGCCGCGGCGGCGCUGGUCGAGAUGCGGCGCCUGGCGCUGGCGCGCGGCGAGGGCCUGUCGUCGAUGAGCAUCCUGUGGCAGGUGCCCCAGUACUUCCUGGUGGGCGCCAGCGUCGUGUUCGCGUGCGUCGGGCAGACGGAGUUCUUCUACAACGAGGCGCCGCCGUCGAUGCGGAGCCUGUGCUCGGCGCUGGCGCUGCUGACGGUGGCGCUCGGGAGCUACCUGAGCUCGCUCGUGGUGACCGCGGUGGCCUGGCUCACGACGGGGGGCGGCGAGGCCGGGUGGAUACCCGAUGACCUCAACGAGGGCCACCUCGAUCGCUUCUUCUGGCUCCUCGCGGCGAUGAGCGCGCUCAACCUGGCGGUGUUCGUGUGCUGCGCGAGGCGGUACAGUCGCAAGAACGUUUACUGAGGGGCAGUUCUGCUUUGUGGCUGGCGAGGCCCCUCUGCAAAAAUGAAGACUAAGGAGGAUCAUUCGUGUAUCUCUCUCUUUAGCCCGUCUAAAAUUCAUGUAUGAAUCCAAGUGUCAUGAUAUCUUAAUUCUGCAAAUAAAAAAGUUAUGUUCUUACAUUUUAAUAA